GACACACUAUUGUGUCGCAACACAUAGUUCGGAAAGCUUUGCCAUAGAGCGUAGGUAGAACAUACGCAUUGUAGCUAGUAGCCACUGACAGCCUGAGCCUCCAUGAAUUUGUCUAAUUCUCCUUUUAAAGCUCACCCAUGGGGUGAAAGAGAGAGAGAAAGUAUCCCAGGGUUGCUCCACCUCUUCCUCUUUUCAUGCCGCACCUCCUUCUGUCAUAAGUUUCAGUUCCCAACUGGCACACUCAGGGAGUGAAGGGGCACAUGGCUGACCACAGGAGGAGGAAAUAAGCUGCACUUCGACUCAAACCUCACGUACCAUGGGAGAAGGAGGAAGCACACUUGAGCAGCUUCUUCAGCGGAUGAGAGAAAGACCCAAUGCUAAAGGAGCUGAACAUCUUCUGUAUGAAGCUGCUGCAUGAUGGUUCUCUCAACCCAAGAUGGAGAAGAAACAACUGCCUUUGGUCCUGUGAAACCCACAGUAUGACAUACAGGAAGCACAAAGAGCUCACGAUGCCCAAUUUUAGACUUGUCUCCAUGAUGCUCUGCGUGCUGCUAGCCUUCUUUGUGUGGCCGCAUCAGGGUGUUCAUUCUUUCGGGCUCGCUCACUGUAUCCUUUCCCCGAACAGACCGGGCCUUGCUACCUGCAGUGGCCAGGCCAUCUCCAACUUGACUUCUGUUACCCUCCAGCUGCCCAACUCCACCCGCUGGCUCAACGCCUCCAACAACAAAGUGACGCACCUGACCUCAACAACCUUUUCCCAUCUUCCUCACUUGUUGGAACUUUACCUGGACCACAACAACAUAUCAGGCAUUGAGUAUAAUGCCUUCCAAAGCUUGGAGGACCUGGAGGUGCUUGAUCUGAGCUGGAACCAGCUGGUGUCUGUGGAGUCCUCCAUGUUGCCUAACCUCAGGAAUCUGCGUGAGCUGUUUUUGGGUCACAACAGUAUCGCCACAUUGCAUCCCAGCUCCCUCAUAUCCCAGGUGGCUCUCCAGGAACUGCACCUUCCCAACAAUAAUCUCUCUAGUCUCCAAGAGGUGGCAACAGCUACCCAAGGCUUGGCCAACCUUACCUUCCUUGACUUGGGUUCCAAUCAGAUCUCUACUCCGUGUAUGGGCCCCAGUUGGAUUGUCUUUCCUUCCCUGAGGAACCUCAGCCUCAACAGCAAUGGGAUUUCCAGGCUGGACUUGUCUAACUGCUCCUUCCCUAACUUGCAACAACUCAACCUAACCCAUAACAACAUGUUGCAAGUGGAGGCUGGAUCCUUUCGGGCCACCCCUGUUUUGGUGGAGUUGUCCUUCAACAUGAACCCCCUGGAUAUCUCCCAGCUUAUCAAUGCAACUCUCCCUAACCUAACCAUGUUGCAUUUAUCCAGUAUGAAUCCACCAUUAAAUGAGAGCAUGUCAGCAGCUUGCUCCUUCUUCAAAAGCUUACCCUCUUUGACCUCUUUGGACAUCCAACAUUCUCAAAUGAAUGACACUCAACUGAGGCAGCUGGGUUCCUGCACUAAUCUCACGUGGCUGGAUCUGUCCACCACGGGGUACAAGUAUCUGAAAAAUGGGGCCUUCGAAACAUUUCAAGGCCUGGAAUUCCUCUCUCUGGAGAAGUGCAAAGUCCUGAGGCUGAGCUCUAGCGCCUGGGGGAAGCAGAUGCAGCUACGUACCCUGAUCCUAAGGAGAAAUUCCAUUUCCCAGUUGGAGGAUUCUGUCUUCCGUCCUUUGAACCAUUUGAGCUAUUUAGAUCUGUCAAAGAACCACCUGACCAACCUUCAGCAGAGAUCCUUUUUUGGCAUGGAGGCAUUGCGGACCCUCAUCCUGCAGGGCUGCCAGAUCACAGCUGUCACCCGCAACACCUUCCAUUAUGCCCGUAAGAUGGAAUUCUUGGACUUGAGGGAUAACAGCAUCAAAUUAAUCAAGCCCCGUGCCUUUUUGCUCAAGCACGUGGGGACUCUCCUGCUGUCAGGAAACAAAAUCCUCACUGUCAAAAGGAAUGGCUUUUACCAGCUGAACUCCCUGAGAUAUCUCUACCUAGACCACAACUUGCUUUACAAGCUAUCUCGGGGAGUCUUUACACCCCUCAAAAAACUAGAAAUCUUGGACAUCAGUCACAACCACCUCUUUACUUACAACAAAUAUGAUUACCCGAGUCCUUUUGUUGGUCUCCGCUCCCUUCGCAAGCUGGACCUUAGUUUUCAGAGUCCUAGACUACCCAUUUGUCCCCCAGACAAAGUCCUCCAAGGCCUGGGGAACCUACGGUACCUCUCUUUGAAGGGCAACCCCAGUCUCCUGUUCCUUAACAUCUCGUUUGUUAACCUGACUAGCCUCAAGUCCUUAGAUGUCUCUGAAAUCAGUCCAUUCAAUGACUCUUGGAAACCCUCACUAAAUUUCUUCCAAGGCCUGGGUAACUUAAGCCAACUCUGGAUAGAUGACAGUGCCAUCAAGGACUUGCCUGAACAAAUAUUUUCUGGUUUGACAUCACUAGAGCAACUCUCCCUGAGCAAGAAUGACCUGAGGAACAUCAGCAAAAAAACGCUUGGUGGGCUGUCCUCCUUGAAAUAUCUGGAUGUGUCUGGGAAUCCCCUGACAUGCUCCUGUGAUAAUGCCUGGUUUCAAAACUGGUCUGUGUCGGAACCAAAUAUCCAGGUGUCCAUGCUGGGCUCAUAUCAUUGCUUUGGCCCUGGCACGACUGACCGUCUCUUUGCUUAUGAAGACUUCUCCUUCUGCUUUGAGACUAGGGGAAUAUACUUCUUCAUUGCCACCACUGUGAUCACCCUUUGCUUCCUGUUUACUGUUUUAGUCUAUGCCAAAUUUGGUUGGACCCUCAGACAUGGCUACUACCUGCUGAGGGGCUGGGGCUUCAAGCGCCUGCGCCAAAAGGGACAGGAAUACCAGUAUGAUGCCUACAUUUCUUGUUGUAGUCAGGACCAUGAAUGGGUGGUGAACAAUGUUCUGGAAAAGCUGGAAGUGCAAGGAGAACCCAGCUUGCGGCUCUGCUUCGGGCCUAGAGAUUUCGCGCCUGGAGAAUAUUACAUAGACAACGUUCAGAAUGGAAUAAGCCAGAGCCGCAAGACCUUGUGUGUGGUGAGCGACAAUUACUUGGAAAGUGAGUGGUGUUCGCUGGAAAUCCAACUUGCUUGUUCCAAGAUCUACUACCAGAGGGAGGACCCUCUGGUUGUGGUCUUUAUGGAGGAAAUCCCUAACUACAGGUUGUCUCCCUAUCAUCGCCUAAGGAAACUGAUGAAGCAAGAGAGCUACCUCACAUGGCCUGAGGACCCUGAGGCUGAGAAUGUGUUCUGGACCAAACUGUACGAGGCCUUGAGCUGUGGAGACCCAGAGCAAAACACUACGCAAUUUGGUGUGACUUGUUAGGUGACGGCCUCAAAGCAAAACACUGUGACUAGCCUUCCUGGGAUCGGUUAACCUACAACAGUGCUUUUCAACUGUGCGGCCUUUUAGCUAACAUAAAAAUCCCACACUCCCCACACCCCCUUCAAACCUGGCUCCUCUUAUAAGUUUAUUUGAA